GUCCUUAUAUUACCUAUGGAUCUUUUGCCUGCAUACCUAGGUACAUAUAUCUAGUAGGUAUCAUGUCUGCUGGGUAUAUAAACGUUCAUAAAGCAUCCUGUAGGACUGUAUAAUUUGAUGAAAUAGGCAAUGAUGCCAGUGUUGAAAGAGGCACAUGGCCCCGAUGAAGAUUGGUCUGGUUUGAAAGAUGCCAAAGCGAGACGCAAGUUACAAAAUCGAUUAAAUGUCCGCGCUCAUCGACGGCGAAAAGCCAUAAAUUCGGCUAUUGAAGCCCAUACGGAGUCCAAUAAUUCUGCGAGACAUAAGCCUUAUAGCCUAGUCCAACAGUAUAUUCCCCUAGAGGAAAACGGAACACGGCAACGGAAGCCCCUGAAGUUAAAAUUACUGAAUGAACGCAUUGCUUCGGAUAGCCCUGGGUUUUUUUUUCCAUUAACCUCUGACCACUUAAUUACACUAGUGCAAUACAAUUUUGUCCGUGGCGUUUUGACCAAUAUGGCAAUUCUGGGCAUCCAGAACGCCUUCCCUCCAGAGUGUUCGAGACAUUGGGUUGGCAUGCCGCUCUUCCCAGCCCCCUCCGGCAUCCCGGAGUCUCUUCAGCCGACUGCCCUGCAGCUUAGCACGCCACAUGAGCCAUGGAUUGACCUGAUCCCAGACAAACAGAUGCGCGAUAACACGAUUCUCUUAAUAGGCGUAGUUACGCGAGAGGAUGUCGAAGAUGAUGUGACAGGUUUAUUAUUUGGCAAGGUGAAACUCCUUGAGAUGACCGGAAUGUUGGCUUGGGACACACCUUGGGAUACAAAUGGCUGGGAGUUAACGGAAGGGUUUAUAAAGAAAUGGCCGCUUCUUGUGAAAGGUUGCUGGAAAUUGCUCGAGUCUACCAACCGAUGGCGAGCGAUGCGAGACGAAGAGCCACUAGUUGUCGACUUAUAAGUCUAGGCUAUGUAUUGUGAACGAAUAUGAUGUAUAUUCUACUCAUUUGGAUCGGACUAUACCUAGGUAGAUUUGAGUUUAAAAGACCUAAUUCUCAUCGAAUCAAUUCGCACCUACCAUGAUUGAAUUUCAGAAGCUAACUUUGAC